CGUGGGGGCCUGCAGAUCAGGGUGGCAGAGUCUCCCUGUCUUGCAGACACGUUCGCUGGCUGCUGACCAAACCUCCAGUCCAUGACUGGGCAGAAAAACAAGAUGGGAAGAGACCGUUCUGCCAAACGCCCUUGACCUCGCAUGGAAGAAGGCUAGAUUGAGAGGCAGGUCGUGAUGACAACCUUGGACGACAAACUUCUGGGGGAGAAGCUGCAGUACUACUACAGCAGCAGCGAGGAUGAGGACAGCGACAAGGAGGAAGAGGGCACCGAGGAGAAGACCAUCCGGAAUCCGGACGUGCUGGACGCGGACCUCGAGUACAGCCAAGACGGCAGUGCUGUGAACACCGGGCCCAAGGGCGUCAUCAACGACUGGCGCAAGUACAAGCAGCUGGAGAACGAGCAGCGGCAGGAGCAGCGGCGCGAGAUGGAGAGGCUGAUCAAGAAGCUGUCCUUGACCUGCCGCUCGCAGCUGGAUGAGGGGAGUGACCAGGAGAAGCAGAAGGAGCUGCAAGAGAAGAUCAACGGCAAGAUGACCCUUCAGGAGUACAACAUGCUUCAGGAGCAAGGCGACGAUGAAGACUUCCUUCAGCAGUACAGGAAGCAGAGGAUGGAAGAGAUGAGGAGGCAGCUGUACACGGGCAAGCGCUUCGAGAGCGUCUUCGAGCUCGCCAGCGCCGAGGAGUUCUUGGAAACGGUGGAUAAGGAGGAGAAGAGCACGCUGGUGAUGAUCCACAUCUACGAAGAGGACCUCCCGGCCUGCGAGGCCAUGACGGGGAGCAUGAUCUGCCUGGCUGCCGAGUACCCCCUCGUCAAGUUCUGCCGGGUGAAGAGUUCCGUCAUCGGGGCCAGCGCCAGGUUCACCAGGAACGCUCUGCCCGCGCUCCUGGUCUACAAGGCCGGGGAUCUGAUCGGCAACUUUGUGCGGAUCACGGACCAGCUGGGCGAAGACUUCUUCGCGGUGGACGUGGAGGCGUUCCUGCAGGAGUACAGCCUCCUGCCGGAUAAGCACGCCAUCAUCCCGACGUCCAUCCGUAACGCGGCCGUUACGUGUCGCGGAGGCAGCGACGAGGACAGCGAUCUGGAAAUCGAUUAGUUCCUGCAGAGGAUGAAACUUUUUUUUUUUACAGAGAAAAAAAAAACAGCGUAGUUUUCCUGCACAGCGUAGUCUCAUUUAGGAUUCUGUUACUUCUACUUGUGUAAAGCCGAAACUCUUCUUGAGUAUUUCCCGGAUCUUUGACCUGUUUGUUUGCUUUCCCUUAUUUCUAUACAGGUUUUUGUUUGAAAGCUGCUUUGAAUACUGUAAAAUGUUUAUUCUACACUUCCUCCUGAAAAUACUUCACACUGCUGUAUCACUUUGGAAUAAGUGCUGGUUGUUAAUGCUGCUAUACUUUGUUAAAUUAUUUUCUUUGUAGAUUAUAGAAUCAAAUCUUUUUUUUGCUUUUAAUUUAAUCUCACUGGCAUUGCCAACAAAAGUGACUGCCACUUCUGCAUUUGAUGCACCUAUUUGGUUUAUUUUGCCACAGUUAAAUUUGAGAUCAUUUACAACUGGUUCUUUAAAACAAUGUUUUGAAAUUCAACUUAUUAUAUAUACAGAGAAUUCAAAAAAAAUCCUAUCUUUUUUUAAUUUGUCAGAAUUUUAGAUCUCGGCCAUUUCUUUUUCUUGUAUAGUUCCUACACAACUUCUGAGUUUGAGUAAAAGGCUAGCAGACUGCCUUGUGUUUAAUUCAUGGUUGGAUGUGUUCAAAGGAAUACCAAUGAAAGAUUUUCAGAAGAGACUGUAUUCUGGACUUAUAACAAGCUCAUUUAUAGUGUGGCUUCAUUUGCGGGUUAGUGGGUAUAUUAUUAUUAAGGACUGCACCACAAUGUUGAAAUUCCAUUUUCUUUUCUCUUUCAUGAAGAAGAUGAUUGUUUUUAUAUUUAUGGUGGAUGAAAUAUUUCAGAUUCAGCCACAGCCUUCAUCCUUCAACAGUUGAUGGGAAAGAAUUCCGAACACAAAGAGCCAAAAUGGCAAAGAGUGAAAACAUUCACCGUGGAAAUUGUACCGUUGUGUUUGACUCAAGUUGCUUUAGCCAGUAUAUGUAAAUAUGCUGGAAAGUAUUUGUUGAAAAGAAUGAAAAAUAUUUGUUUUGUUGGGUUGUUCUAGAUAAGGUUCUGCGUACGUACUGCUUUUGAAAAGUAGCACUUAUUGUUUAUAAUAGCUCUAAACCUUUAGUGUAGAUGAAAUUCUUAGAUUUUUGUGUGAGCAUGUGGAAUAAAUGAGCAUCUAGAUGAAAAGAAAACCUCAUAGUUAGUAGCUAUAGCUAAGAAAGCUGUCAAACAUUCUGAAAUGAUUUUUUUCUUAGUUUUUUUUUAACCUUUUUGUAUAUUGAACUGAUCCAAGAUCCUGGAAACUAGCUGUAAAUAAAAAAGUUGAUCAAGCCUG